GGGUCCCACAUCCAGCGCCAAGAGCCCCCGCGCCAGACUCCCGCAUGCCCCGCCACCAUGAGUGGUGCGGCCUGGGCCCGCCCCCUGACGCAUGACGCAGAGGGGGCGUGGCACCCACCUCGUCACGUGACGGGGGAGUGACCUCGCCGCCCCGCGCAAUGGGGGCUUCGGACCCGGAAGUGGCGUCCUGGGCUCCCGGCGGUGCCGCGGGGAUGGCGGGAGCCGGAGCUGGAGCCGGAGCUCGCGGCGGGGCGGCGGCGGGGGUCGAGGCCCGGGCUCGCGACCCGCCGCCCGCACACCGCGCGCAUCCGCGCCACCCUCGGCCGGCGGCGCAGCCCUCGGCCCGCAGGAUGGACGGUGCGUCUGGGGGCUUGGGCUCCGGGGACAACGCCCCGACCACCGAGGCCCUUUUCGUGGCGCUUGGUGCAGGAGUGACGGCGCUCAGCCACCCGCUGCUCUACGUGAAGCUGCUCAUCCAGGUGGGCCAUGAGCCGAUGCCCCCCACCAUUGGGACCAACGUGCUGGGGAGGAAGGUCCUCUACCUGCCGAGCUUCUUCACCUAUGCCAAGUACAUCGUGCAGGUAGACGGGAAGAUAGGGCUGUUCCGAGGCCUGAGCCCCCGGCUGAUGUCCAACGCCCUCUCCACUGUGACCCGGGGCAGCAUGAAGAAGGUUUUCCCUCCAGACGAGAUCGAGCAGGUUUCCAACAAGGAUGACAUGAAGACUUCUCUGAGGAAGGUGGUGAAGGAGACCUCCUACGAGAUGAUGAUGCAGUGUGUGUCGCGCAUGCUGGCCCACCCCCUGCACGUCAUCUCAAUGCGCUGCAUGGUCCAGUUUGUGGGACGGGAGGCCAAGUACAGUGGCGUGUUGAGCUCCAUUGGGAAGAUUUUCAAAGAGGAGGGCCUGCUGGGAUUCUUCGUCGGCUUAAUCCCUCACCUCCUGGGCGAUGUGGUUUUCUUGUGGGGCUGUAACCUGCUGGCCCAUUUCAUCAAUGCCUACCUGGUGGAUGACAGCGUGAGUGACACCCCAGGGGGGCUGGGGAACGACCAGAAUCCAGGUUCCCAGUUCAGCCAGGCGCUGGCCAUCCGGAGUUACACCAAAUUUGUGAUGGGGAUCGCAGUGAGCAUGCUGACCUACCCCUUCCUGCUGGUCGGUGAUCUCAUGGCUGUGAACAACUGCGGGCUGCAGGCUGGGCUCCCUCCUUACUCCCCAGUAUUCAAAUCCUGGAUCCACUGCUGGAAGUACCUGAGUGUGCAGGGCCAGCUCUUCCGAGGCUCCAGCCUGCUUUUCCGCCGCGUGUCAUCAGGAUCGUGCUUUGCCCUGGAGUAACCUGAAUCACCUAAAACAAACAGCUAAACCAACCGUGCUGUCUCAGCCUGGCCACCGCGGGUGAGGCCUGAUCAUCUCGGGGCACCUGCCAGACAACCACCCCAGCAUCACCUAGAUGUGCUCUAGCUUGGCUGGGCUCCAGUUUCCAUAUUUCCCAUGUGUCUGUCCAGAAGCAGGGGCUGGGUGGGGGUGAGGCUGCGUCCAGUGGGCUGGGCAUUGUUGGACCCGGGGGAGGUGGGGUGGGGCUGGGGAAUGGGGCCCCAAUCCACUUACUCUGCAGACCUCCUGAGUCGGCCUCAUGCAGGGGGCUUGUGGAGGCCCACACUGGAUGGGUACAGGCUCCUGAGGUCAGGUGGCACUGCCCCACUCAACCCCUCAAUUCAGCCCCAGCUCUCAUCCCCGCAGCUCAGCUGGGAGCUUCGCGCUCUUGCUUUGUAAAUAGGGUGUGAUCCCCUUUCGGGAGGCUGCCAUCAUGUCCCGGCCUUGGCUAGGAGGCUGUCUUCGUUUUUCUCAACACUACUUGUCUGAUUAAGGCAGCACCUUCUAAAUGGGAAAUCAUGUGUCUGCUCAGGAUGUGGUCCCCUCCCCGUCAAGUUAAAGGCUCGUCGAUUUAAUGGUGAUGCCUCACGUGCAGGAAAUGGUUAUCUGUGCAAUUGUGAACACCCAGAUGUUACGCAGAUCAGCGUCUCUAGUCGUAUCCAGUUUAAAGUUCCUAAUAAGAUCUGACCCUUUCUCCCGCAAAUAAAUGCAUCGGUGGUGAUUUGGAA